AUGGUUGGAGAUGCUGCAAGGCAUACAAAGAGACUCGACAGGCAAAUCCAUGCGGUUGUACUACUUGUCUUUUGUCUUUUUGUGGUAACUGCAAUAGCAGCAGAUGACGCUCCCUUUCGCGUCUUGGUUCAGACUCCUGGUCAGGAACCUCGAGACUCGGAGCGCAAGUUGGACUAUCACUGUACCAUGCGAAAUCUAUGGACUCAAGAGCGCAUGCCGUCAAACUAUCCAUUGAGAUCUGCCUAUUGGAACAAUCCCCUCGUCUGGGCGCACACUCCAAACAGAAUUCUGUGGCAAGAUGGGGCCACAGCCGACGACACUUUGGAGUCGUAUGUCGAAGAACAAUUUGACUGGUCCGAUCUGCUGGUGGAAAUGCGAGCAGAUUCAAAAGACAUUGUUCUGCCAGAAUACUUUGACUGCUGCACAUCCUUAUAUACUUCUUGGGGUCUUUACACUCGUCAGGGUGACACAUUCUAUCACUUUCCCCCCCUCACUGCGUCACCCGCGCAUGAUCGCUUCUCUUCCAUUGUCCCCAUGCGACCCAGUCCAGAUUGGUUUACAGGAUUCUAUAAUGUAUCCUUGUUAGAUCCAGGCACGGAUACAUGGUACAAUCACUUCAAGAUACAGACAUUUCCCUGGAAACUCGGUACAGACAACAGGGCCAGUUGGACCGAUCCCACCUCCUACUCCAAUAUAGAUCCUCCCAUCCCUAUCGCUCGCAUCACCAUGGACCAAGCAACUCGUCCCGACAAUGCAGAAUUGCAAGAUCCUACCAACACAUCCAUUCCACCCGUGGCAGAAUGGGAGUGCUUCUUGAUUGUCACGGAUCAUCAUCAGCAUGAUAACGAAACAUCAUCAUCAUCAUCACACAAUAACUCGACACUAGUACCAUCGAAUUGCGACUGGUUCCUCAACCCUUGCUGCAAUGAAACGACCGAUUCCUGGACCCCCACUUGUGACAAUUUACUCCCCAAUGGAUCCACUCGCAAUGCGUCCAAGGAAGCCUACGAGGCACUGUUCCCUGCACUCAAUUACACCUGCGAUUAUUAUUAUGAUAGAGACAGCGAGUGCUCCACAGACGACAGCAGUACGUGCCAAUCAUCAUCAUCAUCCGUACCACCGGGAUGUGACGGUUGUUUGGAUUGUGAUCCCUGCGUUCGGUUCCGAUUCGACUGCCAGGGGUGUAUUCAAAGUGGUUGCUUCUGGUGUGAUACAGAAGCAUUGUGUCUGUCAACGCCAUUGGAUGGGGCGUUUUGGGAGGAGACAUUCAACAAGACAUCCUAUUGUACCGGACCCGAGCAUUGGACCACCACCACAUGCACUUCAAAUAAGGAUCCGCUGUAUGGUUCCAUGGAAUGGAGCUACAAGCUCAUCAAUGUCGAGCAAGUUUGGGACGCAAAUUAUACUGGCCGGGGGGUUGUCGUAAAAGUCAUUGAUGAUGGUUUUGAUGCUUUCCAUCCCGAGUUUCGUGGCCGGUUGGAUGUUGAUGCGUCGUGUGACGAAUUUUUGCCUUUAUCGGAUCAAGAUGACCAUGGAACGGCGUGUGCCAGCAUCAUUGGGGGGAGUGCAGGGAAUGGGGCCUGUGCGACAGGCAUUGCUCCUGGAGUGACCUUCGCGGCUUGCAGAAAGCCCAAUGGUCUGGAAAUGGAGGAGAUUGAGACAUUGUUCCUUGGCAACAACUAUACCAAUGUGUCGAUAAUCAGCAACAGCUGGGGACCCUAUUCUUGCUUUCCAGAGGUACCAGACGUAAGGCGUCGACAGUUGCGUGACGAGGAAUGCCCCUUCAUCAGAGAUGCUUUGGGCUCCCCUUGCAAGGUUUGCUCUGACUUCUCUGGGGAGCUUUCGAGACGCUGUAGGCUCCAGAUUGCCAGAUACUGCCUGGCUUCGUGGGAAGAUGACGCCGAAGCAUGCACAGAGUUCCUUCAUGCCUACGUGUCGUGUACAUACCACACCGUGCCCGAAUGGUUUGAUGAAAUCUUCGAAACACUGUUGGAGAAUGGACGCCAUGGAUUGGGGACAAUAGUGGUGUAUGCCGUUGGGAAUGGUCUUGGGUUCGGGGGGUUUUCUGGGUUUAACGGCUUUGUCAGCAAUCGAGCAACUAUAGGGGUUGGAGCUGUGGGAAAGGAUGGAAAACACGCAUCGUAUUCCACUUCGGGUCCUACUGUCUUUGUUACCGCUCCAGGGGGGGAUCGCGAAUUUAUACGGAACAACAUUGUUGCAAAGCCCGGUGGAGGAUGUCACGAUAUCACUGUCGGCACCAGCUUCUCCGCCCCCGUGGUCAGUGGGGUGGUUGCGUUGAUGUUGGAAGCCAACCCUAUUCUUGGCUGGCGAGAUGUUCAAGCCAUCCUUGCGUUGACAUCUCAACAAAUCAACCCAGAGGACCCAGACUGGACCACAAAUGGAGCUGGCUUCCCACACAGUAACAAAUAUGGCUUUGGCUUGGUCGAUGCUACUUCUGCAGUGUCCGCUGCACAAAGAUGGCGUAAUUGGGGAGAAGAGAAACAGAUCUCUGCUGAGUCGGACGUCCUCGACGUGAGGAUUCCCGACGACCCUGAUACUGUCGCUGAGCUGGAGCUUGAGAUAGCAGAAACAAACAUGGUCAUCGAACAUGUCCUCGUUGUUCUUGACCUAAGCAACCAUCCCAGUCGAGGAGACCUCAUGGUUACGCUCACGUCCGCUCAGGGCACCGAAUCUCUCCUGGCACCGUCGAAGCGGCCCGAAAACUCUAUCGAUGUUCAGUGGAAACUGAUGACUCUACGAACAUACGGGGAGUCUCCAGUUGGGACGUGGACUCUGCGAGUUUCUGACCAGCGUGCAGGCGUCGUCAGCGAUUGCGUGGAUCUUCCCUGGGUGACCUUCGUGGACCCUACUGGAGAGGGCUACAAUGCCUCUCUGUCGUGUGGCUCCUUUGAUGAUGAGACUUAUUGCGAGGUCGAUGAAAUAUCGGAUGUUGUCUUCGAAGGAAGAAAGAUGGCAGAAGCUUGCUGUCUUUGUGGCGGCGGCGCGCUAGCAUCUAGUUUUUCAAGUUCUCUCACAUCUUGGAAGUUGGUGAUUUACGGACACGACUUUGAACCCGAUUCUGGCUUGGCGGAGUUCUCGUGCAACGAAGCAUUUGUUGACGAGGGAGGAGCUUGCGAUUCUGAGGUGGAGUUUGACCGUGAAUGCAACCCUGUUUGUCGGAACGACUGCUUUGAUUGUGAUGCGGCUCAAAUGUUCAGCUACGACUGCAACGAAUGCGUCGAAAAUGGGUUUGUCUAUUGUGCUGGAGAUGCUGUUUGCCUGUCUGCGGCACUGGGAGAAGACUUUUGGACUCAACAUGGCAAGGGAAAGUGGUCAUCAUGCACGAACGCUACUGAUUGGGAAAGCAAAUGCCAUGAAGUGGAUGGAGGGAGAGACCCUUUGUAUGAUGCCAUGAGCUGGUCCUAUUCCUUGAUCAAUGUAGAACCUGUGUGGAGGGAUGGAUUAACAGGCUCUGGCAUUCAUGUUCGGAUCAACAACUUGGAGAUAGACAGCCAGAAUGCAGAGUUUGCUUCCAGGUUCAGGACUUCAUGUGAUGAUGGCAACCAGGUGCAAGACAAAACACUGGGAACCGCAAUGGCUUCAAUAAUUGCCGCUGGAGCGAAUGAUCUCUGUUCCGUGGGGAUUGCUCCCGAGUCAGAACUAUCUUCGUGUGUAAUGCCUCCCUCUGGUAGCAGCGAUGGCGGAUUCGUGUAUCUCACCAAAUUUAACAAAGUUGACAUUAGCUUUGUACCUUUGGACCCCUCCACAAAGAGACCAGCAUUCUUUCCCGAGAAACUGCUAAUCCCAACAAUCAUCCGUGGACGUCAAGGGAAAGGAAUUGUGUAUGUGGCUGGAGCAGGCGACGACGGAAACGAGGCGGGGUACCAAUGUCGUUUUGUGCUGCAUGUGGGGGCGGUGGGGAAGGAUGGAAGGCAUUCCGACUAUAGUUCAAGAGGUCCAGGUGUCUUUGUGAGCGCACCUGGUGGUGACACCAAAAACAUUGCGAACAAUGUUGUGGCGAAGCCUGGUGGAGGUUGCCAUGACGCCGGAGUAGGGUCGUCGUUCGCGGCUGCGGUGGUUUCUGGAGUCAUUGCGCUGAUGAUGCAGGUGAACCCAGAUCUCUCAUGGAGGGACGUUCACGGAAUCGUCGCUUCCACUUCUCGCCAGGUUUACCUGGACGACUCAUCAUGGAUGACAAAUGCAGCAGGCUUGAAGCACUCUGAAAAAUAUGGGUUUGGACUGAUCGAUGCACAAGCCGCAGUUCUCGCCUCAAGGUCAUGGAAGCGCCUGGGAAUGCAGUUGCAACUCUCUGAGUUAUCUGGUGAUAUCGACAAAGAAGUAUCAGUCGACGAGAAUGCGUUGUCUUCCAGCAUAAACAUCACAACCCCAGGCUACGUGAAGGCAGAAAGUGUUGUCGUCUUUCUCAACAUGACUCAUGCACAUCGAGGUGGCCUCAAGGUUUCCCUUACUUCUCCAUCUGGGACUAAGUCGCACCUCAGUCGCAGUGGCCCGUCUUCGCACUCUUCACCCGAUGACGACUGGUGGUCAUUGGGAACCGUGCAGUUUUGGGGCGAAUUAGUAGAAGGGGAUUGGAUGCUUCAGAUUAGCGACAGUACCAGCGAAAGCUCAGAACGCACUGAAGUUUGCGUGGAUCGGAAAUGGGAAUUCCGAUAUUGGAAUGUAAAGGAGGAGAGAUUGACGUGCAACGAUUUUGCGCGCGUUACCGACUGCCGAGACGAGAGUCAGGUAGCACCGCCAAUCUGGGACAUGGUGUAUGAAGAUAUUGACAUUGGAGCCGCUUGCUGUUCCUGCGGGGGUGGCUUAAGGUCUUCCAGACUACUUCAAUCUUCAAGUCGCUUACUUCUUUCUUGGAAGUUGGUGGUCUAUGGUCACAAGAGUGCAAGACCCGUCGUCUCACCUGCACCCACGGUACCGGUAGCUUCGACGAGCCCUCCAGACGAAGUGGACGAAGUGAUACCGGUACCGACAAGUGGAGCAGGACGAUUGUACUGGACGCUUCUUUUGAUGGCGACGAGUGCAUCCGCAGUGUUGACUCUGUUGGAGCCUUCGUGA